AUCCCCUCCAGUAGGCGGAAACCAACGGAAUCCUUGGAUUGGCCAUCGGUUCAAAAUGUUGGUUAUUGCGGGCGAUGCCGUUUCACUGUUGUGACGUUAAAGAUUCUAAUCGCAUAACCAUUGCAACAAUAAAUACACCAACAACAAAUACCUGGACAUAACAAUUAUACUGGAGGUGGUGGUGAAUCGUUGAAGAUGAGUUCGAUAUCGAACGUUGAGAAUUUGUCACCUCAAAUAAUCCGGAGGGUUGUCAAAGAGAUGUCAGAACUCGUCCAGAGUCCUCCGGAGGGCAUCAGGGUUAUUGUUAAUGAGGACGACGUCACGGAUAUUCAGGCGGUCAUCGAGGGUCCUGCUGAGACCCCUUAUGCCAAUGGACGGUUCAGGGUGAAAUUGGCACUGGGUAAGGAUUUUCCUCAGGGACCUCCGAAGGCUUUCUUCAUCACCAAGAUAUUCCAUCCGAAUGUCGCCAAAAAUGGGGAGAUCUGUGUCAAUACCUUGAAGAAGGACUGGAAGUCUGAUCUGGGGAUUAAGCACAUCCUUCUCACUGUCAAGUGCCUACUUAUUGUACCUAAUGCCGAGUCUGCCUUGAAUGAAGAGGCUGGCAAGAUGCUCCUGGAGAAGUAUGAGGAGUACUCUGAGAGGGCCAAGAUGAUGACAGAAAUUCAUGCACAGGGUGGAGGAAAAGGCAGCAAAGCAGGACUCGAGACAUGCACAUCAUCCGAAGUGGGUGGUCCCCCAUCAAAAAAGCAUGCAGGUGACAAAAAACUCACAGCUGAGAAGAAAAAAUUUCUCAAGGACAAGAAAAGAACUCUCAAACGAUUAUAAAUUGAUAAAAUCCUCCCCUCGCAAUCCCUUAGUUGAAGUGAAUAUAAUUUUUGGUCAUCCGUUUGAUAGUACCCCAUGAUCCUUAUGUAGAAAAAUUAAUCAAAGAGGUAUUGCCUGAUGUUGACUGAUCGUAUUGUUAAGUAAUUAAUCCGUUCCUUAGUUCAAUCUGAAUUCACAACUCAGUCUCCAUUAAAUCGAGAGUAAUCAUCACUAUCUUCCCCACUUGUUUUGUCUCAUCCUAAUGAAUAUUUUUACAAUAAUAAUGUACAAAAUAAUGUUAAAUUAAAUGAUCGCCUAGAUGAAUAAAUAAAA